CGGCAUAAGAGCGUCACUUCCUGCAAACGUGUGACGCUAGCCUGCUGUUGGGGUUGGUGUCGGCCAUCCAUUAGCAAGCCGGCUGUGUGAGAGAGAGAGAGACUUUAUUCUCUUAACUUGUAGCGCGAUAAAUGGCAGAUAUGGAGACUUCUGCGACCUCGCACAAGAAACAGAAGUUGAGUAACGCAGUUCAGAACUGGGGAAUGCAACGUGCUACCAAUGUCACCUACCAAGCUCAUCAUGUGAGCCGAAACAAACGCGGACAAGCUGUCGGGACAAGAGGAGGCUUCCGGGGAUGCACCGUGUGGCUCACAGGCCUGUCCGGAGCGGGCAAGACGACGGUGAGCAUGGCUCUGGAGGAGCACCUGGUGUGUCACGGUAUCCCCUGCUAUACUUUGGAUGGAGACAACAUCAGACAGGGCCUGAACAAAAACCUGGGCUUCAGUCCUGAAGACCGAGAAGAGAACAUCCGCCGUAUAGCCGAGGUGGCCAAGCUGUUCGCCGACGCCGGUCUCGUGUGUAUUGCCAGCUUCAUCUCCCCAUACAGCAGGGACCGGCUGAACGCGAGAAAGAUUCACGAAGCAGCGGGCCUCCCUUUCUUCGAAGUUUUUGUGGAUGCGCCGCUCGACGUGUGCGAACAAAGAGAUGUUAAAGGCCUUUACAAGAGAGCCAGAGCUGGAGAGAUCAGAGGGUUCACAGGAAUUGACUCUGAGUAUGAGAAGCCCGAGGCUCCUGAGCUGGUGCUGAAGACCGACUCGUGCAGUGUGAAUGAGAGUAUUCAGCAGCUGCUGGAUCUUCUGCAGGAGAGGGACAUUGUACCUGUAGAUGCUUCCUAUGAAGUGAAGGAGCUCUACGUGCCUGAGAACAAGCUGGACUUGGCUAAAGCUGAUGCAGAGACUCUGCCUGCUAUUGAGAUUGGAAAGGUGGACAUGCAGUGGGUCCAGGUGCUGGCCGAGGGCUGGGCGACUCCACUCAACGGUUUCAUGCGAGAGAGAGAGUACCUCCAGUGCCUGCAUUUCGACUGCCUUCUCGACGGAGGAGUUAUUAACUUGUCCGUGCCGGUGGUCCUGCCCGUCUCGAGCGCAGACACGGAGCGUCUAGACGGCUGCACGGCGGUGGCGCUGGUCUACAGCGGGCGGCGUGUGGCCAUCCUGCGCAAUCCCGAGUUCUAUGAGCACCGCAAGGAGGAGCGUUGUGCCCGCCAGUGGGGCACCACCUGCAAGGACCACCCAUAUAUCAAGAUGGUGAUGGAGAGUGGCGACUGGUUAGUAGGCGGAGAUCUGCAGGUUCUAGAUCGAAUCUACUGGAACGACGGCCUGGACAACUACCGCCUCACCCCUAACGAGCUCAAACAGAAGUUCAAAGAACUGAACGCAGAUGCGGUGUUUGCGUUCCAGCUGAGGAACCCGGUCCAUAACGGUCACGCCCUGCUCAUGCAGGACACACGCAGACGCCUGAUGGACCGCGGUUAUCGCCGACCCGUACUUCUGCUGCAUCCGCUGGGCGGCUGGACCAAAGAUGACGACGUGCCGCUGUCAUGGCGCAUGAGGCAGCACGCUGCCGUGCUCGAGGAGGGCGUCCUCGACCCUGCCUCCACAGUGGUGGCCAUCUUCCCUUCGCCGAUGAUGUACGCCGGACCCACCGAGGUGCAGUGGCACUGCAGAGCCCGAAUGGUAGCCGGGGCCAACUUCUACAUAGUCGGCCGAGAUCCAGCCGGAAUGCCUCACCCAGCCACGGGCAAGGACUUGUACGACCCUACUCACGGUGCCAAGGUCCUCACCAUGGCACCCGGGCUCAUCUCUCUGGAAAUCGUUCCCUUCAGAGUGGCAGCCUACAACAAAGUCAAGAAGGCCAUGGACUUUUAUGACUCCAAAAACCACCAGGACUACGAGUUCAUCUCAGGCACACGCAUGAGGAAGAUGGCACGAGAGGGCGAGAACCCGCCGGACGGCUUCAUGGCCCCGAAAGCCUGGACUGUGCUCAAGGAGUAUUAUAAAUCCCUGGAGAAGGCUUAAGUCAGCAGCCGGGUGGAGAGAUGAGGGCUGAUGGUGGUUCUGUUACAGUGUAAAGAGAGGAAAUGAUGCUGCAGGGAGGGGGGAGGAGACCACGGUCCAACACGGCACCACUCAGACCUGUCAGGAUUUGUGUACGGAAUCAUUGUCUUUAAUGUUCUCUUAAUGCUUGUUGUAAACUCUGGUUCUUUAAGUUUCUCUCUCUCUCUCUCUCUCACUCACUCACUCACUCACUCACUCACUCACUCACUCUCACACACACACACACUCUCUCACACUCUCUCACACUCUCACUCUCUCUCACACUC